CAGCUGAACGCCGCAAAGCAUUGCCUUCCUACAUAAAACUCUCCACACCCCUGAAAUUACUCCGUCUUCAUUUCCAUCUCCCUUCUUAAUUACAACAUUAAUUACAUACCUUAAAUUCCCCGAACUGACCAACCUCCAUUUCAUUCUCACACACACAAAUAUAUAUAUAUAUAUAAUAUAUAUAUGGCGAGGCCUCAGCAGCGCUACCGCGGCGUCCGCCAACGUCACUGGGGAUCAUGGGUCUCCGAAAUUCGACACCCUUUGCUAAAGACGAGAAUCUGGCUGGGGACAUUCGAGACGGCGGAGGAUGCGGCGCGUGCGUACGACGAGGCGGCGAGGAUCAUGUGCGGGCCACGUGCGCGGACCAAUUUCCCUUACAACCCACACGACCCUCCCUCGGCGGCGGCGCGGCUGCUCUCGGCUACGCUCAUGGCUAAGCUCCACAAAUGCCACAUGGCGUCUCUUGCAUUAAUGACGACGACGACGACGGCCAAGAAUAAUAAUAAGCCGUCACCGGCGCCGCCGCCGAAGCCGCCAGUGUUCACUACAAGAAAUGAUGAUUCAAACACGGCCGUGUUGGGGAAGAAUGAUAUUAAGCCCCAGCUGGAACUGGAAGACGACAGAUUAUACAUAGAGCAGAUGAUCCAGGAGCUGCUUGAUUGUGGUUCAGACAUUGAAUUUAUUAAUUAAUUAAUUAAUAAUUAGUUAUUACAUAUUUAUAUAUAUAUAUAUGUAUGUAUGUGUGUAAGAAGAAGCUAUGAUUUAUAUAUAUAUAUAUAUCUCGAUGGACCGACGAAUUAAUAAAAAUCAA